UUAAUAUCUGUAGAACAUCACUCGAACGAAACUAUCCCUUCGCCACCAUUUUUCUGUUUUAAGAAACAGUGAAAUAGAGUUCUGUUCCUGAUUCAUCAUGGACAAGGAUGAAACGAGGACGGGAACGGAGGACGGAGAAAUUGCGGAUUUCUCUUCUCUGCCAGAAGGAGCAAUUGCUAACAUCUUGUCUCUGACGACUCCAUCCGAUGCCUGCAGGUCAUCGGCGGUCUCCCGUACUUUCCAUGCGGCGGCGCUGUCCGAUAUCGUGUGGGAGAGAUUCCUGCCUACCGAUUGGGAAGAUUUGAUUUCUCGGCGGAAACCUAAUGACCUGAAUUUUGAUCCGACUACAUGGUCGACGAAGGAGAUCUUUUUCUCCCUUUGCAACAAUCCACUGCUAAUUGACGAUGGCUACACGAGCAUUUCUUUGGACAAACGGAGUGGUAAGAAAUGCGUAAUGCUUGGAGCAAGGGAGCUAUCAAUUGUUUGGGGCGAUACCUCUGUCUAUUGGGCCUGGGAAUCUCAUCCUAAGUCAAGGUUCACAGAAGUACUUGUCAUCUUCAAGGUGUGGUGGCUUGAAAUCCGAGGAAAGAUAAGCAGUAGAAUGUUGUCUCCUGCAACAACUUAUGUAGCUUACUUUGUGUUCAGGACGAGGGAACGUAGAUACUUUGGGUUCAAUAUAGAUCAUGUCGAUGCCAUGGUGGGCAUUGUUGGUAGUGAACACUAUAUGAAGAGCGUUUGUUUGGACCCUUAUUUCGACAAUCCUCAUCAGCGAGGCCGACGCGUACCACGAGCAGGAUGCAAUCUAUCAAGGUUGGAGCAGCCAAGGGAGAGACAUGACGGUUGGUUUGAAACUGAGUUAGGAGAGUUUCGUAUUGAUGGUGGAGAUGAUGAAGUAGAGAUCAUUCUUAAGAAGGUUAAGUGUAUUGAUUCCAGGAGUGGCCUCGUUGUUCAGGGUAUAGAGAUUAGGCCCAAAAUGAACCCUGCAUAGAUUGUUACAACUUCAAGAAACUAGAUGCCUAGUUUCAAAUUUCAACCAAUUUCAACGUUUAUACACCUUGUAGUUUAGGGUAAAGAUCGAAUUUUUUUCCUCAAAAAAUAUUUCAGUGAAAUGAAUUGUUCUAAGGAACUUUUC